UGAUACCCGACAUGGAGUUGGAAAACCACCUGGCGGUAGAGGAAAAUGCAUAGCCACUAGUCGACUUUAGCAAUGCGUUGAGUAGGAAAAAGCUGAGCCAACAGGCCCGCACGAGAGUUUACAGAUCGCUAAAUGCUUGAACCUAGAAGCAUUUGGUGGUUACACUGAUUACACUCAUGCUGAUGGCAUCAAUCCUGGACACACAUAUCAAUCGGAUGCAACAAGGCUGAGACAAAACUAGAGCCAGAGCAUUGCUUUGUUGCUUGUAUUUGUUUGCAUUGUGUGGCAUUGUAUUGCCGAAUUGUGGGAAGCAACGCGCGCAAACGAACAACUGCAUGAUGGACUUCCUGAGAGGCUUGUCCUGGUUGCAGCACAGGUUGACAAUCUCAAAUCGCUCAGCGCUGCCUAAGCACCACCGUCACAGCCGUUUCCUCGAUGGAGCUUGGCGAGUCUCAAGAGAAUGGGAUCAAGGACACCGAGAGCUGCAAGGGCAUCGCGAAUGACCACAGCGCUGGUUGGCCAUUUGAAGGCUCAGCUUUGGCAAGAACACGACGCGUUUCAAGUUUCAAAGCGAACUACCAGAAGGCUGCUGAGACCGCGGAAAAAUGGCGCAGUCUAAGAGCAGAUGACUGGGAUCCGAUGAUGGUUGGAGGCCAUUGGGCCAUUGGAGGCCGUGGCUAUCAGGUUGGAGGUGCGGCUCUUCUCGCGCUGGUACUUGGGUUGUUUGCGCGAGCCAUUUCGCGCUUGAGCUUCGUGACGGCAGUGACUCCAAUUGGACAUAGCUACGUACAGACUGCUGAUUCCAAAGCUAGCAUGGCAGCGUCUUGAUGACAUUAUGUCAUAGAGCCUGCUAGGUGUUCGCUUACGGUUACACGGCAUAUAUUGUUACUGCUGUAUCAUUGCACAGAAUCAGGGUAUUGCGACAUGCUGUGCCAGACUCCAAAAAACAUACACACAUAUGUGUGUAUAUAUAAUACAUGCAUAAUGAUGCAUGCAAUAGUAGUGAGUAUUGCUUGUGAGAGAUUGAUGAUGUUUUGUUG